AUGGAGGCCGGACUGCGCCGCGGUCCCGCGGGCGGCGGCGGCGGGAAAGCUCCAGCCCCGGGAGAGGGAGGAGCCGGCGCCCAGGUGGGGCAGGUGGGGAGCCUGGGCGCAGGUGCGUCCCGCGCCGCGGGGAGUGACUGCUCCCUGGCCGGCGCGGGCAGAGCGGAGCGGACUCCUGGCCCCAGGAUCCCGCUCUGGGAAGCGGGGCUUGUCUCCCAGCCUCUGCCUCCGGGGAAAGCUAUGGACGGGGAAAGGUUAACAAACUUCAAGGAACUUCAAGCCAAAUUUCAAAAGCUUGAAGCACCAUCUCUUCCAGGAGCUAUUAAAUUCCCAGCAGAUGUUUCUCGGAAGAGUGACACUGGAAGCACACAGUCCACAGGGAUUUUGGCCAAUGGGAGACCCCUCUCAUCCAACCAUAAUCGGUCCCCACCAUAUUGUUCCAGUGGUGAACCCCAGCCUUUUAAACCCCAGAAAAUUAAGUUGGCCCAGAGGAGCGAGAUUCAGAAAUGUUCUAAUUCCCCAGGACCUCCGGAAAGGUCUGCUGGUUCUGCAGUAAAUUCACAGAAGGCUUCUCUGCUGUUAGACGUGCAUCAGUCAAACGCUGAGAUAACCAAUGAGGAGAAAGUAAUGGUGACCAGUAGCUUCAGAGACAAGCUCUGGAACUGGGAGAAGGUUUCAUCUCAGAAACAUGAGAUGUCAUCAGCCUGUCUUCUUGCCAACUGUGGAAGUAGGGCCUUCCAUCUGGAAGAGCAGGAAAGCAUGGGGCUUGCUCCAGAGGAGCCCAGGAAAAAGCUGGAAGCCAAAGGAGCCCAGACUCUUCCUUCCCAGAGGCACUUGAUGGCCCAAAGAAAAUCACGUGCUACCUCUGAAGAUGCUACUCUUCUACUUUCUCAACAUGGCAGGAAGAGCUUAGAAAACCCCAGUCCUGAGAAGAGCCCAGCAGGGAGCACCUGCCAGCCUAUCUAUGAGAGUGAGCUCAUCAGCCAGGCCCCAGAAAAACAGCCAGAUGUCAGGCAUCACCAACUUCCCAAAAUGAAGCCACUGCCUUCUAUGGAGUCCCUGGGUCCUCCUCCCCAAAAGCCACCCAAGCCCCCGGUUGUGAACCUCCAGGCCUUCCAGAGGCAGAGGGAGAGGCAGAGGCAGGCAGCGGCUGUUCCAAAGACUCACAGGGAAGCCGCUGUGAAAGAGGGCGACCUGCCUCCUGGGAGUGCUGAAUUUGAAGAACUGCGUAAUUAUGAGGCAACAAUUUCAUAUCUGAGACACUCUAGCAACUCCAUUAACCUGUGCACCACAAAAGAAACUGCUGAUUCAAUUUAUGAAGUUGGAAUUGAAGAACUCCAAAAGCCGUGGAAGAGUCUUCUCCAUCAAGAACUUAGCCCUAAAUAUGAAGAUGAAGACGAAAAAAUGAAAGAAAAAGAGCCAAGUGAAUUGGAACCUAAAAAAUCAGAAAAGGAUCCACAUUCAAACCAUCUUUUCAAGGUGGGCGCCUAUGAUGGCACACCUGGAAAACUCCAGGUGACGAAAGUCCACAGAGGUAAGAGGAACGUGCAGGCUGGGAAGCAGGAUGCUGUGAUUGACGUCAUCCAGACAAAGGCCUGUCCUGAGGACCUGAAGCUGGCCAGGCACUCGCAAGGCCACUGUGGGUAUGUGGAGGCCUUGGAGGUGACUAAAGAAACCCCAGGCCAAGAAGCCUUUAAGCCAAAUUCCAUCUCAGAGGAGACUUAUGAUGAUGUUGAGUACCCUGGGAGAGAGGGACCAAAGUCGGACUUCUCUAACGCAUUUGCCUCAGAUGAUGAAGAAAAUAGUGAAGAAACGUAUGAAGAUAUCUACAAAACAAAGAGCAACUAUUCAAAGAUAGAUUUAGAUGGAAAAGAAGCUCUUAAAAGACUGCAAAGAUUUUUCAAGAAAGAAAAGGAUAAAUUUAAAAUGAAGAAAGCCAAGUCGAAAGAAAAUGUAAGUGCAUUUUCCAUUUCGCUGCCUGAUUUAGAACUUAGGUCUCAAGAAGCUAUUAUCUAUGAUGAUGUGGACAUAAAUGAAAAAGAGUCAAAAGAUGAAGAUAAACUUAAAACGUGGAAGCCCAAGUUUUUGAUACCAAAGGAAAAAAAAGAGAAAAAAGGUGCUGAAGAAUCAGAAAGUUUAUCUCCUAGAAAUUUCUUCAGAACCAAGAAGCAAAACUUAGAAAAGAACAGAAUGGAAAGAGAAGAAAAACUUUUCAGAGAAAGAUUUGAGUAUGACAAAGAGAUUACUGUCAUCAAUACAGCAGUGGCAUGUACCAGUAAUUCAAGAAAUGGAAUAUUUGAUUUGCCAAUAACCCCUGGAGAAGAACUGGAAGUCAUUGAUAUCACUGAAGAAAAUCUAGUGAUAUGUCGCAAUUCUAAAGGCAAAUGUAAGUUAUCAGCUUAUCGCCCAUAAAAUUUCAAUCACUGUUUUCAAAAAAUCUCAAUGAAGCAUCAUCUCUGUAACUUGCAGAUUAGUAAUAAUGAUUUUUGUUUCUAUAGAUGGUUACGUGCUAAUUGA